AAAAAUAGGCAUUUGCUUGGUGGCUUUAGUGACGUGUCAGAAAAGAUAGCGAUAAACAAUGCACCUUCACUUCAACAGCCAAAAAUAGGAUGUGGCUCGUCUUCUUGACGGCCCCACCAUUUUCACCAUCCCACAGAAUUCUCGGUGUCGGCUUUGUUGGUCUUUGAUUAUUGUCCUCAUCUUUGCAAAACAACACGCAUAACAAGAUAUCACCAAGACUUACGCAACAACAAGCAACUGCUAGGUACAUAGAGAAAGAGAAGGAAGGAAGCAGGAGAAAAGCAUGUGUAGCAUUUCCAAUGACUCGGCCGCUUCGCGAGGUGAACUCAACAACCGUGUGUCGGUGCCUCCCCUCGUGCUGGGCAGUAUUGUUGCGCUCAUUGUUGCGUUGCUGUGGAGAUUGAUUCCAUCGACAGCAGCCUUCGCGGCUUCCGUUGCUGUCCUCGGGGCCUCUGUGGUUGGUUUCCUGGCCUGCUUUGCCCUUUUUGUGGACGUCUACGCUGGACCUACACUCCGAAAGGCUACAACCUCCGCCUCCCACAUUGCCAAUAUUGUCAAGAAGGAGGAAUCCCUAGCAGACCUCAUUUCCGACUUGAAUAAAAUCACAAACCCGGAAGGCUUGACACAGCUUUGGAAAAGAGAAAUCCACGACAAUGAAAAGGCUUUCAAACUUCUCUUGACGGGGGUCACUGGCUAUGUUGGUAGAGCCUUUCUCUUUCAGCUACUACGAGAAAUUGCUCAGGCAGAGGAAGAUGGCAAAACAGCAUUGCCCCACAAGGUCUACGUUAUGGCGAGAGGCAAAGCUCGCAAAAAUCUGACAGCAGCCGAACGCCUGGAAAAGAUUCGUGAUGAACCCAUGUUUGCGCCCUACAAAAAGCAAUGGGAUGAUGUUGUCAUGGCAGCUCAAUCUGGAGAUUUGCAAGACGAAAACUGUGGAAUGUCCGAUGACACUGUACAGAUGCUAGCGGAUGCGCAGAUUACUCACGUGGUACACUGUGCCGCAGAUGUCAACUUCAACAGACCUCUUCCCGAGUCGGCGGGGAUCAACAUCUCUCCUGCUCUGCAACUGCAAGCAUUGGCUUCCAAAUGGUCCACCUGCACCCGUUUUGUACAUUGCUCGACUGCAUUCGUCAAUCCAGGGCCAGGAACCGAUGAAAAUCCGAUGCCAGAAGCAUUGUUUUCGCUUGGAAAGUAUGAUCCACAGGACCUGUACGAUUCCAUGAUGGGAGAUCAACAACUGGCCCUCAAAGUCAAGGCCGAAUUCGGAUUCCCCAACAACUACGUUUUGACAAAGUGCGUGGCGGAGCAUUUGGUGACCCGACACAAUGACAAUAAGACCAUGGAACUCCGUAUUUGCCGUCCAGCCGUGGUAGGACCUGCUUGGGUGCUCCCAGAACAAGGAUGGAACGGGGAUAAGCCUUCGACCAUUUCGGGGGUCUUUUUGCUUUGGGGUACCCGUGUCAUCCGUUUUGCUCCGCUCAUCCACAAACCCAUGCCAGUCAUUCCUGUCGAUGUGGUCGCAGCUGGAAUUCUGCAUUCUAUGAUUGAUCCUGCCGCGGAAAAGAAAGAUGACGAGUUUCCGAUUCGGUUCCGCAACUUGAUUUGGUCGCACAAGUCGCAGAAGAAGCCCAUGCAUGGAGUGACAAUGGCGAAGCAAAAUAUCCAAGCAGCAAUGGACCUGGAUCACUUCACUGCCACUGAGGCUGCCGUGUCCUUUCUGCUCUUGGAUAUUGUCGCUGCAUUCCCUGCUGCAUUUGACUUUCUUCACUCCAUCUUCAACUUGGGACCUCUAUACCUGCUUCAGUUUGUGUGCUGGGCGGUCAAGACUGCUGGUAUCAAGUCGGUAUUGGAACAAGUUCCUGUUGUGAAGCUUUUCAAGUUCUCGGACAUGCUUACUCUCUACAAGCCCUACAUGGGAAGAGAUUACAAGUUUACCAGCUCCCUACACAUCCCUGAAUCUUUCGACAUCAACAGAUACAGUGCUAGUCUUUUUGUUGCUACACAGACAUUCUGGAGUAAAAUGUUCCCCGGAACGAUCAAGGAAAUUAACGAGGUGGACAUGUUGCCAAAAGGACGCCUCGACCUUUGGUGGGCCCUGACGCAACCUUGCAGCAGCUUCUACAACCGUCUUGUUGGAUACUUGGCGUGCAAAAUUUUGCGUGCUGCUUGUCUCACGGCAAAUGUCGAUUAUCUUGGUUCGGCCAAUUUCUUUGACAAAAUGGUGGAGCUGGACGAGACCAUGUCCGAACAAAAGCACUGUGUUGUUCUUGCACCCAACCACAAAUCCGCCAUGGACUACAUUCUUAUCAAGUAUGUGGCCUUUUUCAUGUCUUUGGCUGGCAUCGAUGCUCCCGUUGUUCUUGCAAAGAACGAAUUGGAAGAUUCCGAGCUGACACAAAAACUGGCCAAGGCCCAAUGUGACCGUCACCUGACUGUUGCUGCCUUUUUGGAAGGGUCCCCAAGCACUGAUGGAAGCAUUGGCAAGCCAAGUGCCAAGGCACUGGGAAAGAUUGUUCAGAUGGACAGCAAGAGCGACUACACAGUUGUACCCAUGGGAAUUGAGUACAAAGCAACAAGCGACAGUGAAAUUAUCUUGCAGGCAACAAAGAGUAACAGCGACCUGGGACUUGUGGAGAUGCUGUCCUUGUACUGGGAAAUCUGCGUUUUAAACAAAACCAAGCCAUCAAGUCUUGGCGAUAUCCGAGUGUCUUUUGGAACUCCAAUCACUGUAAAGGACGUUUCGGGCGUGGAUGCAACUCUCAAGACGUUGCACUCGGAACAAACUCGUCUGACAACUGCAACAAAUUGAUGAGCAAGGAAUCGUAGAACCCUGGGAAAUGUCAAGUUUACUCUCCUGGACAAAAUUCGCUUCGCUACUAGAUAUAUGUGCACACACGAACAUGUAAAGCCUGUUGACUACAUGUAUGUACACUCGUUCCCUACCUGCUACGAGGCCAGGAUAGAAACGCUACUACAGUCGUACUGUUCAGUUUCUUUGGUGGAUUAACACAACGUCAAAACGAAUGAAAGAAAUCUAAAUGACAUAGCAUAGAGUUUUUCAUGUCC